GUUCAAGGGCGUGGCAAGCUGAUUAGCGGGGUUCCUUAUUGGCUGUUCCAUUCGCAAGCGUCUCCCGCUACUGGCUGCCCUGUGGGAGUAACAGAGCGUUUACAGUACAGCAGCCUUUGAAGAAGGCAGAGUGAAGUAUGACAGAUGAGGCUGCUUUGCAUGUGAUGUUCACCAUUGUCAUAGAUGAAAGAAGAUUAUCGACAUAAAAGAGUUAUUUCACGUUAGAUGGAGAAGAAUAUUCCUUUAGACUCCCUUUAUUUCCAGCUGUGCUCACUGCAUGAUUGGACCUGUGCUAAACGUAUGGCAGAAGCAGACGUAGAUUAAAUCACUGACAGACUUAACAAGUGGAUUGGCGGCACAAAUCGGAAAGGAUACUGACAGACUUAACAAGUGGAUGGGCGACAAGUCGGAAAGGAUACUGGCAGACUUAACAAGUGGAUUGGCAACACAAAUCAGAAAGGAAACUGACAGACUUAACAAGUGGAUUGGCAACACAAAUCGGAAAGGAAACUGUCAUUAAAGCAAGCAAACCGCUUCUGUUUAUGUGCAACAGCCGCGAUUUAAAGACGAUGGAUAGCUUGUCCCAGAGCUCCAAACUUGAGUGUCAAAUAUGUUUCAACUACUUCAGCCAACGGCGCCUUCCCAAACUCUUGCACUGCCAGCAUACCUGCUGCUCCGUGUGUUUGAGCCAGAUGAGGCUCAGCCAGAGGGAGAUUCGCUGUCCCUGGUGUCGCUGCGUGACCCAGAUCCCCAUUGGCCUUUCAGUCUCCCAUCUCCCAGAUGACCCGGAAGUACUUUCUGUUAUCAGUGUUUCCCAAUCUUCCGAACACACACCCAUCUUUAUACAUUUACCCAACAAUGGAUGCUACCUUCUGCCUGUCUCUCUGGACACCGAUGGGACACCGCUGCCUGGACAACCAACCUGCCAUGUUGGCCCUAAAAGCAUCGGUGUGUUUGAUGUCUCGGAUGGACAGAAUCAUGUUCUAGGACAUGACAGUCUUGGGGAUGGGAUGGAGGAGGAGGUGGUGGUGGUUAAGACUACUGCAUGGACUGGGGUUUGCACUGUUCUACUUGUGGCAUUCAUUUUGAUCUUUCUGUUGGGUAUCGUGUUGCAUAACAUGUCCUGCGUGUCCAAACGCUUCACUAUUAUUUCCUGCGGAUGAGAAGGAUGAAAAACCUAUUGAAAUGGACCAUCCAUUUGGGCUCUAUCUUGAAAUCGUACUUUGUGUAUGUAGUGCAGGGGUUUCUAAACUCGGUCCUGGAUGGCCGGUGCCCUGCAGAUUUUAGCUCCAUCCUUGCAGGUGCGUUGAGGCAAGUUGUUUUUAGAAAGCCUAGUAAGAGCUUGAUUAGCUAGCCCAGGUGUGUCUGAUUAUGGUUGGAACUAAAAUUUGCUGGACACCGGCCCUCAAGGACUGAGCUUGGACAUGCCUGAUGUGGUGGCUUUAUACCAGGGAUGUCCAAACUUGGUCCAUGGAGGGCCAGUGUCCUGCAGAUUUUAGCUCCAACUUACCUCAACUCUCCUGCAAAGAUGUUUCUAGAAGGCAAGAACUUGAUUAGCUAGCCCAGGUGUGUCUGAUUGGGGUUGGAAAUAAACUUUGCUGGACACCGGCCCUCCAGGAUGGAGCUUGGAUACCCCUGCUGUAUACAGAUGAGCAAAAAUAAAAGAGGAGUAAGAUCUAUGCAGCCUAUUGUAUUUCAAGCCAGUCUCAUGACAGUUUUUCAUAUCUACAGUAUUUUAAGUUAUGUGGCUUACUCGUAUACAUUUGUACAGGCUCAUUGUACUCGUGUUUUACUCGCAUCCAGUAAUGUGUGGAGUUUAUUUUUUU